CAAUUUUUUUCACUGUACAUGUUUAUGGGGUACAGAAUCACACCCAUGGAGCCAAGCAACCAAACCAGCGCAUCCGAAUUCAUCCUCCUGGGACUUUCGGAAAAACCAGAGCAGGAGACUUUCCUCUUUUCUCUGUUUCUCUGCAUGUACCUGGUCACGGUCGUGGGGAACCUGCUCAUCAUCCUGGCCAUCAGCUCAGACUCCCACCUGCACACCCCCAUGUACUUCUUCCUGGCCAACCUGUCCUUGGUUGAUUUCUGCCUGGCCACCAACACCGUCCCCAAGAUGCUGGUGAACAUCCAAACCGGGAGCAAGUCCAUCUCUUAUCCUUGCUGCCUGACCCAGAUGUACUUUUUUCAUUUCUUUGGCAUCAUGGACAGUGUCUUAAUAGCCGUGAUGGCGUAUGACCGGUUUGUGGCCAUUUGCCACCCCUUACACUAUGCCACCAUCGUGAGUCUGCACGUCUGUGGCCUGCUGGUUGGUGGCCCGAUGGUGUUUUCCUGUUUCGUCUCACUCAUCCACACCCUCCUUAUGGCCCGCCUGGUUUUCUGCAGCAACAAUGAGCUUCCGCACUACUUCUGUGACCUCACUCCCCUUCUCCGACUUUCUUGCACCGACACAUCCGUGAACCAGAUCUUUGUGCUCAUCGUGGCCGGGAUGGUGAUCGCAGCGCCCUUCAUCUGCAUCCUUGCCUCCUACGCUCGCAUCAUUGCAGCCAUCGUGAAGGUGCCCUCUGCAGGUGGCAGGAAGAAAGCCUUUUCCACCUGCAGCUCUCACCUCUCCGUGGUUGCCCUCUUCUAUGGGACCACCAUUGGGGUCUAUCUGUGCCCCUCUUCGGUCCGCACUGCUGUGAAGGAGAAAGCUUCUGCCGUCAUGUACACAGCAGUCACCCCCAUGCUGAACCCCUUCAUCUACAGCCUGAGAAACAGAGACCUGAAUGGGGCCCUGAGGAAGCUCGUCAACAAAAAGAUCGUCUCAUCUUCCUGA